AAUUUGUUUCACAUACUAUUACAAAUGAUCGUUAUAUGAAUUAUAUGUCAAUUUUGUAAUUGAUUUUACUGAUAAAUCAUUUUAUUUACCAACUUUAUGCAUUUCUAGUUAAAUUUGUUCAACUUGAUAUUUUACAAGUACACAUAUCUAUAUAUAUAAUAAAUAAACUUGUGACCGACUUCACCUAGAUAAAAUUAGGCUUUUAUACAUGUCAUUGGAUACAUUUUUUUAAGUUUCUGGACAUUGUUAGGACUACAUUACAAUGUUAUACUAGGUGCAGGAUAUGCAAUUAGUUGCACUAUACAUGUACCCAAAUAAAUCAAUCACGAGAUAAAUGGUUGUGAACUAUAACAUGUAAAAAAAUAUAAACUUGCGGAAAGCAGAUGCUGUCAACUUAAUAAGUAAAACCUUUCUUUGGUCUUGGAUGACCAAUUGGGGAAGUUUCCAUUGACAUAAACGAGGGGGUAAAUAUAACUUCGAUUUUUUAACAAACACCUUGUUCCUAUAUGUUAAUUAUUGAAAUUAUACUUUGUUUUUGAGUCAAACAGUCGAAAUAAAUGUGUACCUAGAAAAAAAACACCCGUCCCUGCCGAAAGAUGAAUGGCUGGUUCUCUGGUCAAUGCGAUUUCAUAAAUACAACUGAACACUCUUCAAAGAUUAAUUGCCUGCUUCUUUCGUAACGUCCAGUUGGAAUUAUUCAGGACGAGAACAAAUUGACAUUUCAUACGAUAGAAAUGUUAAAAACUUUUGUUGCGGAUAGUGAUUUAGCUGGAUCCAUAACUGUAAAAGAAUAUGAAGGACGUUAUUUUCCAGCAAGUAUUCCAGAUAUACCUUCACAGUGGAAACAUAUGCAGUCAUUUGAUGCCGAUGACAAUGAUGUCAUUAUUUGUUCAUAUCCGAAAUCAGGUUUCCAUUGGAUAUGGGAAGUAGUGACAAUGCUAAUUAAUAACACAUCGGAUAUUUCAAAGGAAAUACCAGCGAAAUAUAUUUUAGAAUUUGGGGCUGUUAGAAAAAUGCAACAGUCGCCACCACCAAGAGUUCUCGGAAGCCAUUUGUAUUACGAACAACUUCCUGUUUCAAUCAGGCAAAAGAAAUGCAAACUAAUUAAUGUUAUAAGAGACCCAAGAGCAGUAGCAAUUUCAAGUUUUCAUUUCUUUAACAAACUAAAAGAAACUAAAUGGAAAGGUACCUGGUCUGGUUAUCUGAAUCUAUUUUUAGACGGUAAAGUUCUGUUCAACGACUGGUUUCAACAUACACAAUUAUGGGAGAGGGUAAGACAAAACAAUCCUGAUAAUCCCAUACAUAUUCUGUCCUAUGAAGAUGCAAAAAAGAAUCCAUUUUAUGAGUUUAAAAGACUCGCUCGAUUUCUUCAGCUAGAUGUAAAAGAAUCUAUGAUAAUGACCAUUGCAGAAAAUACAAAGUUUUCGGAAAUAAAAACAUCCAAAGAGGUGGCCAUUGGACUCCGUUUAGGAAACGCAUUUGCAGGCAAUAAAUAUCCUUUAUAUCGGAAAGGUACAGAAGACGACUGGAAAUCUUAUUUUACAUUGCAACAAAAUGCUGAAUUUGAACAGAUUUACAAAGAAAGAAUGCAGUACAACAAAUUGCAGCUAAAAUCUAUCGUUAACCCCGGCAGUCUUGAUACUGGCUGUGUAGAGACGACUAGAUAUGAAUCAAAGUUGUAGCAAUUUCAGGACAAUACGUUAUUCGUUUAUAUCAUUCAAUAUUAUCUCCCUCACUUGUUUUGAAAAGUUUUCGAAACAAUCAAAGUUAUCUGAAGUGUUUUUAAUGUGUUUGAUUGUUUUUCUGUUUCAUAUUUAAAACCAUAGAACUGGCAUCAAUACAAAAAAAUAGAAACGAUGAUUUUCUUUAUUAAAUAGUCAUUAGUACUAAUAGUUGCGGGUACGCAAUUGAAUUAUAAACUGAACUAUUUUGUGUAAUUAUACAAAAAGUCAUGCUUUAUUUUUAUUAUUUAUACAUUUUAUGUUUGUUAUACUACAUGUAUGUUUUGAUUAUUUUGUCACAAAUCUUAAAGGUUGAUUAACAUGAAAAUAAAGUAAUCUUUAGUAACUAUUUGUUACGCAGGUUCAGUUGUUUCUAUUAUGCCUAGUUCAUAUUUUCACUGUAUAAUCGAAUUAGCUUGCAUUUACUAACUUGAUUUAUAUGUUUAAGUACGUAAUUUGUUUUAUAUGAAAACUAUUGAGAUUUUAUAUUUCAUUUGGAUUGAGAUAAUUCAAAAGUUAACUCAGGUAAUAUUACCUCCUUUGAAUUCGAAAAUUACAAAGUUUUUUAAUAACAAACUUCUAGAUUAAUUGGACAUAGUUCUCUACCGUAUGAUAUAAACGCAUAGUAAAUUGAAUUUUAUUUUGAAUGUUUCUUUUCGGGCCCUCAAAAUUAUUGUUAUUAAUGUUAAUAAGAAUAUUACGUGAAAACAAAUUUAACAGAAGAGAUAUAUACAUUAACAUGUGUUGACCCUUUUGUCAGUUCUAAAAUAUUUAUGACGUCAUGAUGACAUGGUGAAGUCAAACGACAAUCGUUUAAUUUCUUUUUGGUGCCAUACAAUUUGUGAUUAUGGCCGGAUCCAAGAUAUUUGAAAGAGGGCAUAGUUCCCGAUAAUUGCAUUUAUACUGCCGAGCGGAGCAACGAGAGAAAAAAAUUAGACGAUUAUAUACUAAACAUUUGUAUAGAUAACUUGGAAAACGUGAGAUUUUCAAAAUUAUUUGGCGAUCGAAAGGGGGGAGUAUGCCUUCUACCCAUGUAUUUGCGAGUGCACGUUUAGGUGUACAUGGACCAAAAACCUCGUCCCAUGCAUUACUAUAGUUGAAGGCUAAAAAAAUACUAUUUGAUAAAUGUAUUAAUGAUAUAAAUUUCUGUCAAAUUAUCUUGAAUGAAAUUAUAGAAAAUUUUUUUUAAAGUUAGUCGCGUACACCUUUUACAUUCGGGUGUGUUGGAAUCUACUUUUUAAACGUUAAAACUUAUAAAAACAAAAAAAGAGAUAAACUUCUCGCUUCGGAUUUCAUUAUUUUAAUAUUUUCAUGCUAAAUUUUUAUUUGGUAGUUUUUAAAAUUCACCUUUUGAGAAGAACUGAAAUAUGGGUCAACAUGAUCAUUGAUUACACUUUUGUAAUAAAAUUGUAUUAUCCCUUUUAUUUGACAUGAAACUUUGAAUGAACAAAGUUCUAUUGGAAAGGUAAGUUCACCAUGUACGUAAAACACUGAUACAAUUGUACAUUUAAGGAAUGCUGUAUGUAAUAUCAAAAUGUUAUUUUUCGAAUUAGGUGUUAACGAUCGGACUUUGAUUCUUCUGUUACAUGUGUUAGUUUAUUAACAACAUUUUUAAACAUGGGACUAUUAAGACCUCGACAUUAAUUAUAGUCUCAUCUCUGUAUUCAAUUUCUGGAUUUUGCCUCUAAAUGUCAUUUGUUGCAUUUUAUUGACACUUAUUGAAAAUGUUUCCUUCUCAUUAAAUGUUUACGUACA